AUGAAUCGGCUUUUUCAGUUGUAUUUGGAUCAGUUCAUCAUGGUUUUCAUUGAUAACAUCCUGGUCCUCCGAGAGAAAAAUCUCUAUGCUAAGUUGAACACGUUUCAGUUUUGGGUUGAGGAGGGUAAGACUUCUAAUUUUGGGUUGAAUAGUGAGGGUGUUCUAUACUUUAGAGGUCAGGAAGUACAUAGUAGCCCUUAUGCUAUGCACCCUAGUGAGAAUAAGAUGUACAGUAAUCUUCAGGAGUUACAUUGGUGGCCUGAUUUGAAACAUGAGCAAGAUAAUACUAAGUACCAGUUGUCUUCAGGUUUGCUCCAACUCGUUAAGAUUUCAUUAUGGAAAUGGGAACGGGACCAAUUAUUCUCUAUAGAAGCUAGUGAAGCUACAUUUUUUAGAUUGUUAGACUUCAUGGGGUUUCGAUUAAAGCUGUACAUCUCAAUUUUAAAAGAAACUGCUAAGGCUCUAGGUGCUCAGUCAAACUUCAGUACUGUGUUCCAUCCACAGACUGAUGGGUAA